AUGUUCUACUCCAAGUUUGUGCUGGCCAAGAAGGGCCCGCUGGGCAAGAUUUGGCUGGCGGCGCACAUGGACAAGAACCUGACCAAGACCCAGGUGUUCUCGACCGACAUCCGGUCGUCGGUGCAGUCGAUUAUGAAACCGACGGUCCACCUCGCGCUCCGCAUGUCGGGCCAUCUGCUGCUCGGCGUUGUCCGCAUUUACUCGCGCAAGGUCAAGUACCUGCUAGACGACUGCUCCAAUGCGCUGGUCAAGAUCAAGCUCGCGUUCCGGCCGGGCGUGGUCGACCUGCCCAAAGACCAGACCAAGGCCAAGGCUGGAGCCAUCACGCUCGCUAUGGCCGACGGCCUCCUCGACCUCCAGCUGCCGGACCUCGCGCUCGACGAGCAGCUUGUGCGGUACGACGCGUUUACGGCCGACCCUGCACACAUCACACUCGCCGGCGAUGACAUGCUCCGCAACCUGGAGACGUCGGCUGGGCUCUCGGGCAGGGCGCAUCAGCUCCCGCUGGAAGUCUCCAAGGGUGAGGAUCCCGAGUGGGCGGUCUUCCACCCGCUUGGCCUCGUCCCCGCGCCUGGUGCGCUCUCGGCUUCGGCGCUGUCAGGCUCGGGCAUGUCCGUCGAGCUUGGUCGAGACGGCCGCCUCUCAACCGGUUCAUUCCAGCAGAUCGACGACUUUGGGGCCAACGACGACUUUGAGCUUGGUGUGAGCCCGGCCAAGCACGGCCUUGCCGGCGACGAUCAGCCCGAGUUUAUGAUGGGUGGCGACGCCGACUUUGAGGACUUUGGCGGCGGCGAGUGGGGCUCGCCUGGCCAGGGCGUCGGCGCCGCCUCGCCGCGCCUCUCGUUUGGCGGUAGCGAGGCUGUCGGCGCCGUCCCCGAGCUCUCACUCAACCUCUCACUGGCGCCGGGCCUGUCGACACUCGACCUCACGGCGCCGUCGGGCAUGUCGCUCGAGGGCGAGGGCGCCUCGCUCGACACAACGGCUGCACUGGAGCAGCUGACCCUCAACUCGACGUUCAUGAACGACAUGUCGCUCCUCUCAGCAUCAGGCAUGGCCUCGCUCCUCGGGUCGUCGGCAACAUCACGGCCCGGAGCUCCCAAGUCGCGCAAGCGCAAGCGCAACGACGGGCCAGCCGUCGACGUUGCCAUCCAGCUUACCUCGGAUCGGAUCAAGGCUCAGCUCCGCGACACCUCGGACAUUGUUGAGGACCCGAUUGUGGCGCCAGUGACCAAGAAGGCCAUGCUCCGCCGCGUCGAAGAGAACGAGGGCAUCAAGGGUGUGUUUGGCCACCCCUUUGUCCGCCACGGCCUCGCCCCGCAGCUUGCCGUCGUCGUCGGCAAGGCUCUCACCGAGCGCCCGCUCGACUACCCGCCGCCCUCGCUCACCUCGGCGCUCGGCUCGCGCAAGUCUGCCUCGCCCGAGCCCACCGGCGCCGGCGAUGCCCCAUCCGACGCUGCAGGCCUCUCGUUUGGCGACUGGGACGAGCUCGAGGCCGCCGGCCAGGGCGGCGAGCCGCAGUUUGAGGGUGGCUUUGACGACUGGGGCCAGGACGAUUUCGCCGCCAUGGAGCCGCUCGACAACGAGUCGCUCGCUGCUCCCGCGUCGUCCACCAAGUUUGCCGCCUUCAACUACGGCGCCGCCGACGAGUCGCUCAACACCUCGGUUGUCAACGAUGACGCUGAUCACGGUGUCUCCAACUGGUCCAAGCGCACCCGCGCCCUCCUCACUUUCCUCGGCGAUGCCUUUACCGACGCAGACAUCACUCCGCCGGAGCAGGCCCAGCCAGCACCCACCCCCUCGUCCGACUCGGGCGUCUCGUUUGCCGCUACCUUUGCCGGCGCCUCCAAGCGCGAGGCCGCGGGUGCAUUCUUUGAGCUCCUCGUCCUCAAGUCGCAUGGCCGCAUCGCCGUCAACCAGCCGGAGCCCUAUGACGACAUUGCCAUCGCGCCCACAGCCACCUUUGCUGACGCCAUCCCCGUCGCAUGAGGCCAUCCCCCC